CUUGACUCAUGGUGGAUGGUUAAGGCACCGCAAGGUCCGCACCCGGCUCACCACCGUUGAAAGUGGCUUGGUAUUUUAGCGCGGUGGCCUGACCUGUACUCACCAAUGGACUUGAUAAUACUCUCAAGAACAAAUGAUGCCGUCUCUGAACCUGAAUACACCAUUUCAACUACUGAUCAAACAUGCUGGGACAUGUGGCAAAGGACCCGCCAACCAGCCGACAAUCUUCUUGUACAUUCCAGGAAGCAAGAGUGUUCAUGGUGUGCUACUUUGGUUCAUCCGUCGUUAGCGGUUUAUAGUGCUAGACAGACGACGGUUGACAAGACCCCCAUUAUAACAGUAGGGAAGAACUUUGACCCACAAGCCACUUCAUUGCUAAGAGGGUGACAUUUACCGUCCCGAAUAGCGGCUAUAGCAGCGUUUCUUAUAUAAUUUCUUGUACUUUGUCUGAGCUUUCCCCCCUCCUAUGUUUCAUCGCCCCCCUAAUUACCCGCUAUGGAAAGAGACUAAAUCACAUCGCGUAGGGCUCUUUCUCCACUGCGGGUAAUAGGCAUGGGCUAGCCAGCAAUCAAUUAAUAUCUCCGAAGCUACUUGUGUGCGCUUACAGUCUAAACUAAAAGUAGUGGUUCUUAGCAUGUGGCACAAUGUCUGAACGCUGGUUCUCCCAAUUCUUGUUCGCUCACACGUAUAUCCUACGAAGAAAAUGAGUGAAGAGAAUAAUCGAGUUGCCAUUGUUACAGGCGCGACUUCUGGUAUUGGAGCCGAUAUUGCCAGGGACCUGCAUUCCCGUGGAUGGAAAGUCGCCUGUGUUGGCCGACGAACCCAGGCCGGAAACGAUCUUGUGGAGGGCCUGGGCGAGAACGCACGUUUUUUCCAAGCAGAUGUCAGCGACUAUCAGAGCCAGGCUGCUGUCUUCAAAAAGGUCUUCCAGUUAUGGGGGAGAAUUGAUGCACUGUGCGCGAACGCUGGUGUGGGUGAUCAGUCUUCGCUUUAUCUCCUUAACCGGCGCGAUAAAGGCGUCGAGGACGUCCCUCCAGAGCCAGACCUCUCCUGCACUGAUAUAAAUUUCAAAGGUGUCGUCUAUGGCACUGUAUUAGCAACGCACUUUAUGCGACACAACAGGCCCGAGGCGGGCGGAAGGAUUGUGGUGACCGGCAGUAUCGGGGGUAUUUUUCCUCAUAGGACGUAUCCCGAAUACAGUGGAACCAAAGCAGCAGUCAAUCAGUUUGUUCGUGGCGUUGCGCCAAUGUUGAAGGCCAAGGAUAACAUCCAUAUUAACUGUGUCUUGCCGGGUAUUGUUGCCACACCCAUCGUCCCCCCUGAGAUGAUUGAGGCCGUGGCUCCGGAGUGCCGGACUCCGAUGAAGACGGUCCUCAAUGCAGUUCAAAUCUUCUUAGAAGAUAAAACGGGCAUAGCUGGUGAACUUCUGGAAUGCUCUGCAGAUAAACUGAUAUAUUAUCAUCUUCCAGAGAUGGGUAAUGGACAUAUCACCAAGCGUGCUGUGACCGUCUGGGAACCAUUGUUCAGACUGGCGCAUGGCGAGAACUCUGAUCUUCCGGAUGCAAUUCCAGACAUCAGCCCAUUUAAUGGCACUUCUUUGGGUGCACCACGAGAUGCAAAGCUCUGACAAGUUGCCUGAGGAGCGACAAGCCUUGCCAUCUCUGACGAGUAUGGCAGACGUAUAUAUUGUGAACAGAUUGUGACGACUAUCAUGGGAGGGAUUCCUGCAAUUUGUACUUAGCUUUUAUGGGUUCUCACCAGUAUAUGCCUUCGAGAACCAAACUUAAUUCAACAGUGUGAUCAAUUGAACCAAACAAGGGCCUGCCCUGUAACUCAACUCAAAAACAUGGUUCCAUAGAAACCAUAAAAACUGACACGCAAGCACUCACAGUACAAGCACCAAGAAAGGAAAGGAGCCUCAAAGAGCCCUUACGUUAAGACUCAUGGCAAAACCUAGCCCCUUACCUUUCGCAAGAACCCGGGAUUAUAUUCCACCAUGCUAUAACCAUGACAUGUCCAUUACCCG